GCCGUGACGUCACGGGGGCCGAGCUCCCGCCAACGGUUUAACGGCGGCAGCGCGAGAGGGAGAGAGAAGGCGGGAAAGUGAGAGAGGGGGAGGGGCAGAGGUACAGGUACAGUGACAGGUGACAGUUUCUAAUAGGAGACUGGGGAGUCUUGCUGAUCCCGGGGGCCAACGAAGGAAGCAGGUUCGUCAUGGAUCUGCAGGAUCAGAUUAUGGAAGAGGCCAAGGAGCUGGCUCGACGUUCAUUGCUGUACCAGAGUCACCUGCCUCCACCUCUCGUCAAUGCCAAGCCCCUCUCGGCCACGGCUGAGGAGGAAGUGCUGGAGGAGUGCAACGAGGCCUGGAGGGAGCUGGGAGAGUUCCAGAACAAACUCACUCUUGCUGAUAUCAGGGAGAUGGUCCAGGAUUCGGAAAAUCCGCUGGCUGUGCUGUUCGCUCGGGAAAGAGCUCUCCAGGCAGAGCUGAGUGUCCAAAAGAACAGAACCCCAAAACCUCUGCUGGCCAAUCCUGAGGUGCUGACCUGUUUGGGGAAGCAAGAGUUACAGAAUACCGACAAACAGCUGGAGAUGAUCCUCUCUUGCGUUAGAACAAGGAAGAAAUCCUUACAGGAGGAGUUGGCAAGGGAGCAGAAGUGGCUCGAAGAGCAGUUGGAGUUGGAGAAGACGGUGCAAGAGACGUUUGACCAUCAGCAGCAGAACCUCCUUGCUAUCUCCAAGAACAGCGAGAUCCAAAAGCUGAAAAGCCGCUUGGAGAAGGUGACUAAUCAGAAAGACGAGCUGCUGUCUGCUCUGGGAAAAUUCUUGGAUGUGCAUUACCCUCCCCCUAGUGAGAAAGACACCCGGCCAAAGACGUCGAGAUCGGCUGCUGAGAGAGAUAAAGGCUCGGCCAACUUGAUCACGCUGCAUGAGAUUCUUGAGCUCCUCAUUACCAAGGCUAUGAAGACCCCCCAUGAUCCCUUCUUGGAGCUGGACGAUACUUUCUGGCCGCCCUUUGUCGAAGCCCUGCUGCGUUACGGGGUGGUCCUACGCCACCCCGACGACCCCAACCGAAUCCGCCUGGAGGAAUUCAACCAGUAGAGGUGAGGUGGGGGUGGCCCUUGGCCACAUCGUGAACCCCCUCACCCCUUCCCACCGGCAAUGGACCGACUUUGCCAUCUCCCCACCAUGCUCCUCUCCUCCUGCCUGGCUAUGCCCGGCAGGACACAGGACCGGCUUCUGUAAACAAAGGAGUUAUGGAGUGGGGAGGGCGGGGGAAGCCCAUUCCCCCCCCCCCCCCCCAUAACUCUCCGCUGAUGCUGGACAGUUUGGGUGAGCACGUUUCUGUUACUUCCUGCACUCCCUGGGAGCCCCUGAUGUGAGCUGCUUUGUCUGGUUGUUCCCCACCCAUAUGUGCAUGCGACGUGUGGACCAUACCUUUGCAGCGCGAGCAAGCAGCGGGAAUGGAUGUGCACAACCCCACCGCCCCCACCCUCCACCACCUGGGGUCCACGUCCCCUCACUUAUAAACAAGGCAACAGCAAAAUGCCUCACCAAUGGAGAUGAAGUGGACGCAGAGCUUGACACCAUUGUACAAAGGGAUGGUAGGCAGUGGAAUGUUCCCAGGCUCCACUGUCCUGUGCUCUGGAAUGUUCCGAGAUGCAGUUGUUGGACCCUACUCUCCUCCCCGGCCCUGUGCAGCCAGGGACACCGAUUCACACGCCCGGUGUGCCACAUCCUGAUGACUCUGCAGCGACCUUGUAGAGUUCCUCCUGAUGUAUUGUUCAUUAAAACUCUUGUAACUUGA